AUGCACGACCUCACAGGCAAGGUCGCCUUAGUCGUGGGCCUUGGUCAGACAUCUCAAGAGGGCUGGGGCAUAGGCUGUGCUAUUGCAGUAUUGCUUGCACAACAAGGUGCCAAGGUAUUCGGAGGAAAUCGAAGUCUAGAGUCUGCUCGAGUCACACAGGAGAGGAUCCAGGCCAAGGGUGGUGUUUGCGACAUCUUUGAGACCGAUGCCACCUCAACGGAGUCAGUCAAAGCUCUGGUUGAGGCGUGUGUAGCUCGCCAUGGUCGCAUUGACAUCCUCAUCAACAACGUCGGGAAGUCGGAGGCAGGUACCAUGGUGACAAUGAACGAGGAAAUGUGGGACUCGCAAUUCGACAUCAACCUCAAGAGCAUGUGCUUUGCCUGUCAUUAUUCGAUACCAAUAAUGGAGCAACAACAUGAUGGACGUAUUGUUAGUGUUGCAAGCAUAGCAGGACUGAGGUAUAUUGGCAAACCGCAGAUCGCAUAUUCCACCAGCAAAGCAGCUAUCAUUCAUGCCAUGAAGACCUCAGCUGUCAUGUAUGCCGAUAAGGGCAUUCGGUUCAACACCGUUGUCCCGGGCUUAAUGUAUACACCCUACACCGAGCAGCUUGCGAUUCGCUAUGGUGCUGGUGGCGAUCGCGAUGCGUAUAUGCGCAUGCGGGAAGCACAAGUACCCAUGGGCAAGAUGGGUGAUGCAUGGGACGUUGCGCAUGCUGUCCUCUUUCUAGUGUCAGAUGAAGCCAGGUACAUCACAGGUCAGGAAAUUGUGGUUGAUGGUGGCAUUACGGCGUCCACGGGAAGGACGUAG